AUGGUGCCAAGCUCUGCUAAAAAAACAGAUUUUCAGAAUGCCACACGACCUUUGAUGCAGCGAAAAUCAGAGCAUCAUCUACGUGAAAUCAACAGGCACAAUUUUUUAGUAGUCUUAAAACAAAAGCAACAAGCUUUAAAAAAAAGCAAACUAUUCAAAGAAAAUUUAUUGCAAGCUUACGAAAAUAUCACAUCGAACUUAACUAGUUUAUUUGGAUCAAUACGUUCUAUUCAUCAUUCUUUGAAACAUAUAUUUGAUGAUCAAUCAGUUAUUAAAGCUAACGGUGAAGCGCAGAAAUGUGAACAGACCAUCGAAGAUCUUUUUAAACAGUUUGAAUACAUAUCGCAAUUACAUAGUGGGCUUAAAUGCAAUCAAGACGCUAUUGAAAAUAAAGGUGAUGAUCUUAUGGGUAUAGAUAUCAGCGAUCCGGACGAAGAUACAGAUUCAAACCUUAACGUAAACAUGGAAACUAUAAUAUCACAAUACCACCAUACAGAAUCUCUUAUUGAUGGGUUAUUGAGGGAUCUAGAAAGAACAGAAAGUUAUAUAGAUGAAAUGAUUUUAUGGAAAGUAUCUUGCUCGCAUCGACCUCCA